AUGAGCAGCGAUGAGGCCAAUUGGAUACCACGAAUUUGGGAAGAAAAAGGGAUUAUUUUGGACUCUCAGAUCACGCGGCAGGCUGAGAAUGAGAUUGAGUCAGGGCACCAGGAUAUCUUCAACCUGGAGUCCAGCAUCAGGGAGCUCCAUGCCAUGUUCAUGGCCAUGCUGGUGGAGAAUCAGGGGGAUAUGGUCAACAACAUAGAGAAGAAUGUCUCCAACGCAGCCAAGUACAUAGGCCGUGCCAAAGAGGAGACCAAAAAAGCUGAGAUACUAGAAAAAAAAAUCCGGCAGAAACUCUUCAUCUUUGGCUUUGUUCUGUUGAUACUGCACGCUGUCAUUGCACUAAUCGUUGGGCUGUCUGUUGGACUAACCAAUCCCCUGUAUGAGUCCUGUCCUGCUAUCUGUCUGAGAAAUGCAGCCCCAAACUUGCAAGGAACUUCCACCAUGCUUCACUGUGCCUGCAGACACUCAUUCGUGUACUGCUCUCCAGCCCUUCGGUGAACAAACUGACUUCUGCUACAAGGCAAAUAUUUCAAAUUUUGACUCAUCAGCCAGAGCAGCUGCUGCCAUUUUUCUGAAGCCCAGUUCCUGUGUUUUCGUGCAUAGUUGAGUCCAGGGUCCCACUGUUUUCUGCCAAUUAUUUUUGGCCUUCCUGUGACAUCGGGUGCUGUAGGUAUCAUGGAGGGCAGGUAGUUUGCCCCCGGUGA